AUGAUGCCAGACUAUACGGAGUGCGAUUCCGUCAAAACAGCUGUGAAUCUACCAAGUCACUACGACCAAUUCAUCUGCUGUGGCGUCAAUUCGGCCGCCGAUUACAUCAACCGACCAAUCCCGAGGAGUUGUGGAAUUUCUCCAGCCCAAUCUAAUGCCCGUCUGGUGAGUAGUGCUUUGCAAAUAAUGCUGGCCGAUGAUCUGGCGCAAGGCCUAUUCGCGCCCUCAAUCCAAAAGCCUGAAGAUGGCGUAAAUGAUCACAAUCAGCCACUGAAGUUCAAAGCUCUCAUCUUACUUUUUAACUACCUCUAG